AUAACACACAAGCUUUUCAAAAGCUUCUGUUUUGGUUCGAGACUGGAACUGGGCGCACGAAUUUGAGUUUGGUUCCCGUGGUGGCAGAUCACUCAUCGAGAGUCGUCUAAAGGCUACAGAUGGGCAAGAUGAAGAGCUGAUGACGUUGCGGCAGAACAUCUUGUCUUGCUUUUCAGAAAUCGACUGCUUUCUGAUGCCCCACCCUGGAAAGGAGGCCCACGCGGAUGUCUUCAAAGGAGGCGAUUUGCCGAAGUCGACAUGCGUGCUAAUGGCGACUGCGAACGCAACCAACAUGGCUGCUGUGGACAAAGCCAGAAAGCGUUAUAUGUCUGGAAUGACAAAUAGGCCUAGGAGAAAUCUGAACGAACUUCGUGAGUUUCACUGUGAGUUGCUGGCCGAGGCAAACAAAGUGUUCGAUGAGUUUCCGAAGAUAGGUGGGGAGGUGGUAUCAUCCACAUCCAAGGACGUCCUUACAAAGGACCUUGAGGAACUCUUCCAACACUUCUUCAAGGAAGAGGAGGAGAUCAUCAGAAAAGAGCAGGAAGAGGAAGCGAAAACAGCGAGGGAAAGGUGUGAAGGCAUUCUUAACCGUGAAGCGCUUGGAUAUGCAAAGAGGAGCAUUGUGCCUUCUGCCAUUCCUGGACCAAAGCUUUCGGGAGGCUGA